CAAAAAAAACCCCACACUCCCUCUCUCUCUCACAACCACCAACCGGUAACCCUCCGCUCUUCUUCUUUGCAUGUUCUUGGAGCUCCGGCUCCCUUGGCGGAGCCCUAGCUCGCUACCCGUUUUACUUGCUAGUCUAAUUCAACUGUUAUUGCUUUUUCAGAUUUUUAUUUUAACUCGUAUCAUCAUUUCUGGAUCUUUGAUUCUGUGUUCCCUUCAAAGAUGUCGAAACCAUGGGGAGGCAUCGGCGCCUGGGCCGCCGAGGCCGAGCGUGCUGAAGCUGAGGAACGAGAAGCUUCCGCCGCCGCCGCGGAGCCUCAAAGCUUUCCUAGCCUAAAAGAAGCUGUUAGCACCAAACCUAAAAAGAAGAAGAAGAAUAUGACUAUGAACCUUAAGGAUUUCAACUCAGCCUCCAGCGGAGCCGUUUCUGGAGGUGGGUAUCGGGCAACUGAAUACAAAGGACUUACAUCCGACGAGAUGCUUCGGCUUCCUACUGGCCCCAAGGAACGCACUCCCGAGGAAAUGCAGUACGGACGACUCGGUGGCGGAUUUUCGUCAUAUGGCCGGUCCUCUGGACCCCCUUCUGGACGCAUGCGCGACGAAGGUGAUGGGUCGUGGGGUGGCGGGAGGAGGUCGUAUGGUGGAUUUGAUGACGAGCGUAAAGGUCCGCCCUCUAGGGUUUCUGAUUACGAUCAACCGUCUCGCGCUGAUGAGGUUGAUAAUUGGGCAAUGUCUAAGAAACCUUUACCUUCUAUGGAUUCUGGUCGCCAGAAUCGUUAUGGUUCUCUUGGUGGUGGUGGUGGUGGUUUUGGAGGUGAUUCCAGGGCUGACGAGGCGGACAGUUGGGCUGUCGGGAAGAAACAGCUCCCUACUAGAUCUUCGAAUGUUGGUUCAGGUUUCCGUGAUUCUGGACCGGAGCCUGAUAGAUGGACUAGGGGCGGAUCGCGUGAGCUGGAGCGGGAGAGACCUAAAUUGGUAUUGGAUCCACCAAAAGGCGGCAACGAGGGGAGUGCAAACAAUGACGCAGUGAAGACAAACAAGGCCAAUCCUUUUGGGGCAGCCAGGCCAAGAGAAGAUGUAUUGGCAGAGAAGGGAUUAGAUUGGAGGAAACUUGAUUUGGAUAUUGAGUCAAAGAAAACGAGCAGGCCAACAAGCCAGCACUCAAGCAGGCCUUCAAGUGUGCAGUCAAACCGUUCAGAGGGGCCAGGGGCAAUGCAGCAGUUGGGCGUGGAGAAUGUGACUAAGCCAAGGCCAAAGGUGAAUCCUUUUGGAGAUGCAAAGCCCAGGGAAGUUUUGCUGGAGGAACGAGGUAAGAAUUGGCAGAAGAUUGAUCUUGAAUUGGAGCAUCGUGGUGUGGACAGGCCUGAAACAGAAGUAGAAAAGUUGUUGAAAGAAGAAAUAGAUCAUUUAAAGAAAGAGCUUGAGAAGGAAUCUAGCGCAAAAGCAAGUCAGGAAGGUUCUGGAGGAGACCGACUGAGCUUACAGGGUAUAAUAAUUCAGAAAGAAAGCGAACUGGAGAUACUGAUCCAUGAAUUGGAUGAUAGAGUUCGGUUUGGUCAGAAAGCCAUUGAAAGGCCUGGUUCUGGAGCUGGUAGGGGUGCUAGUUUUGCGGAAAGACCACCGUCUCGGUCUGGAUCAGUUGAUGAUUCUAGAAGCGUGGAAUUCAUAAAUAGGCCUCGAUCACCUGGUACAGGAGGAGAUAUGUGGGCAAGAAAUGGUGAUGAUAGAAGGUCAUUUCAAGGUGGCAGGGAAAGAGGAUUUCUUGGUAACAGAGACAUGGAUAGGCCGAGGUCAAGAGAGAGAUGGUAAACAACUGUUGAUGGGGUUUGGUGGAGUUUACUUCUUCGGCCUUUGAGAACCAGAACUAAAUAAUAUUUUGUCCCCUAACCUUUUUUUUUCUUUUUUUUUUUUUGUUCUCUUGUUUUGGCUCUAGAGAAGAUGGGAGCUAGGGUUAUUGUUUAGUACGGGCACUGGGAUCUUUUGCAGUAAAUCCAUGUUGCAUCUUGAAACCUGUAAAAUUGCAACUUUUGUCUUCCUUUUUGUCUGUGUUGAGGCAAAGAGACUGUAAUGUUUCUAGGACACAUUUAUUGGACAGCAUUGGACUCACUAGUUUUGAACUUUUAUGGCAGUUGUUCCUAUUGUUAUACCCUUAA